GCAGGGGUAGUGUGGUGGGUGAGGGAGGCAGCAGGGGUAACACCGCCGCGGCCCCGCCAGGUGUCACUACUACUUUUCAAAACAAUGGCGUGUGUGGAGUGCACAAACACUGUAAAGUGGGCGAUGUUUCAGCUUGUUAUUGUGUUAGUAGUGUGUGCCAGUGGCUUUAACGUAGACGUUGAUGAUAAUGGCUACGUUCUAUUUUGUCCAUGUAUGGGACGAUUUGGAAAUCAAGCUGACCACUUUUUGGGUGCACUGGGAUUUGCCAAAGGUCUGAAUCGCACCCUUGUGCUUCCACCAUGGGUUGAGUACAAACCAGGAGUAACAAGAUCAGUGCAGAUCCCAUUUGACACAUAUUUCAAAGUGGAACCACUUGCUAAGUAUCAUCGUGUCAUGACUAUGCAGCAGUUCAUGGAUCAGCUUGCCCAAACAAUCUGGCCGCCAGAGAAGAGAAUUGCUUUCUGUUAUGUGCCUCGUCACAACUCUGACGGUUGCAAUCCUAAAGAGGGCAAUCCAUUUGGUCCUUUCUGGGACACAUUCAACAUAGAUUUUGUUGGUUCUGAGUUCUACCGUGGUCUCAGUUAUGAUGUGCAUUACCAGAACAUGGCUGAACAAUGGAAUAAGCAUUAUCUUGCAGAAAAAUGGCCUGUUUUAGCUUUCACUGGAGCUCCAGCCACUUUUCCAGUUCAAGAAAGUAAUCGACACUUACACAAAUAUCUUAUCUGGAGUGACAGCAUAGUAGAAAAGGCACAACAGUUUAUUGCCACAUUACCGAGGGGGCCAUUUAUUGGUAUACAUCUGCGGAAUGGAAUAGACUGGGUGAGAGCUUGUGAGCAUGUUCAGCACAGUCCAAAUCUAUUUGCUGCGCCUCAGUGUCUGGGUUACCGUAAUGAACAUGGUGUGGCUUCGACAGAGCUUUGUCUUCCUUCAGAAACAAACAUAAUAAAGAAGUUAAAGCGUGUCAUCAAAUCUACUGGGGCAAAAAGCAUUUUUGUUGCCUCAGAUAACGACUUUAUGAUUGGCAGGCUCACCCAAGCUUUAAAAAAGAUGAAAGUGGCUGUACAUCGCCGUGAACCAUCUGAGCCUCAUGUAGAUUUGGCUAUCCUUGGUCGCUCCAAUCAUUUUAUUGCCAACUGUGUCUCCUCAUUCUCAGCUUUUGCAAAGAGAGAAAGAGAUGCUAAGGGCUUUCCUUCAUCUUUCUGGGCCUUCCCCUUAGAAAAAGAAAAGGCAGUUAAACACAUUGAGUUAUAGCAUUCACUCAUACUAAAGAGAUAUGCUGCAAGUUGGUGAUGCUAUAUGUUUCAGAAUAAAUCCAGUACAGUACUACAUUUUAUUCUGCAUUUCUCUCAAAGUACGAUAACACAAAAUUUUGAAAAUUUUGCAUUGCUUUUAUGUGCCAUAAAGAAAAUGAGCACGUGAGUAUACUGUGGACUUUUCAUGCCUAAGGAGCGAACAUUGUGCGAAGGACAGAAUGGAGAGUACUGUACAGUACAUGGAUAUUACAAUUAUGUAUCACAUCUAUUCCAUACUUGUGUACAAGUCUGCCAUGUUCCCUUUUAGCGUUAACUAAGUAUUAAAUUAAUUAUUAAAUUAAAUAUAAUAUGUUUAACUAAAUUUUAGUUUUUGACAUGAAUUUUUCCUUGUGAAUACAGCUAGCUUGUAAAAUGUUCCCAAUCUAAAAACUUGUUAAUUAGACUUUGUAAUUAGUGAAAUAACAAAAUUAAUGAAAAUUUUGAAAAUAUGCAUAGAAGGAUUAGAAUUUGUAAUGCUUUAAUUGUAUUUUGCUUUCCAUAUGGCAGAUUUUCAUAAGUGACUUAGUGAAAUGCAUAACUUGUGUUCUUUAUAAGGUCGCCUGUGGAUUUACCUCGGGAAUUUCCUGGGAGCUCUUCUCUUGUGCUUCUGAGCUAGACUCCAGUAAUUCAGUGAAUCUAAAAUAAUUGUGAUAGGCCUCCUCCUUUAAUCUCAGCCCGCCCCCCCCUAUAAAUAGGAGGUAGCACUGAAAACAAACUGCCAAAAGACAAGAGCCUUAAAUUUAAACUGCCGCACCAUUGGACAUGCAAUCCACAACCCAAACAGACUAUAAAGGGGGGACCCAAGACAUUACACCUAUUUUCACCAGUUAUUUGUUAGUUCUUCAGACAUACUGUAUCUCACAUGGCUCCAUGUAUUACAGCUGCAUGUUUUGUUUGUUUAGAUUUUAGAACAUUAUAUGAGAAGUAGAUUGGUUAUUUUAUGUAUAUAUUUUUCAAGUUUCAGAAGUUUUUACUUUAGCUUUAUGACCCAUUUGGUAGCUAACUGGCAGGCAAACAGUCUUGCAUCUGCAACAUCUGGCUUGAGUACACAUAGGUUGUUUUAUCCACUGUUAAACUUGUGAGUGAGGGAUUAAUCCUGAAAUCCCAUUUUAUAAUACACAUGGGCCAGGCAGCUGGGGCUCUCUUUUAUAGCCUGUGUCAAUCACUUAAAAAAAAAAAAAAAAUACACUUUAUACCAAUACUGUAGAUAAUAACUCUCCAUAAGAAAUUAGCUCUGAUCCAUUCCCCAUAACCAAAUUCACCAGUUAGGUCCCACAGUCUACCAUUAUUGAAAAACACUUAUUAGAUGAAACCCUCUCUGGUCUGGGUUCUCCACUAGAGCUUAGAACUCCAUCACUGCCAUAGAAUUGAGCUCCAGUGCAUAGUAACUAAUAUGGCGUCAGGUAGACUGGGGAUGAGUUGUAGAAUCGGUUCACUGAAACUGGGAGUUGGAGCGGAGGAAUAGUGUGGCUUGACCGGAUUGGCUGAACAAGGUGGUUGGUGAUCAGGCUGGGUGGAAAGGACGCCUCCUAAAGUACAGUACAGCCCUUAACUUAGGUAGAGUCCUGGUAAAGGAACACACCAAAAAUAAUAAAAUAAAACUCCAAAAUGUCAAACAGUAUAAUGGAACCACUCAAAACAGAACAAAGUUUUCCUUUAUAAAUUACCAUGACAAAAUACAGUAAGGAAAAUCAUAAAAUUGGAAACGAAGCUUACCUCUGCCAUCAGUGGCUGAAGGGAGUCAAGUGACUGCCCAAGCACUUCCCUUCCCCAAACAAACCUUAUAAUAAGGACUUGAAACAUUAAGACAAAGAAUAACACUACAUAUUUGGAAUUUGAAACUUUACUCAACAGUCAGCACUGUUAGAUUCUCUAACAGAGCAGGGAACAGAAGGAUAACUAAACAAAUAUUAAAUUAGUCACAACCUGUGUGGGAAGCAUGGGUAAUGGUGGGGAGGUGUAGACUCGCUGUUUUUUCCUUUGAGAAUUUGUUCAUCAGUGCUAUCCCUUACUUAUAAAGACUUCAGUUAGACCAGGAGAAAUCCUCUCUGGUUUUCUGGUGUUACAGGAUUUUGGGAGUUUACAGUACCUGUACUGUACUGUGUGAUCUGUAUACUGUACCAGACACACACGAGAUGAUUCCUGGGAGCCCUGGAGUUAAAUCUACAAACUUGAUAAUGUAGUGCUGGAGUCACCCAUUCCAUGCUCAUUAUAAAAUGGGGUUUUAUGGUAGUGUCUCAUUUAUAUCAGACCAAUAUUACAAAUAAUCUAUUGAGGUUUUUAAGUAAAAUUAUAUCUUUUUUUUUGCAUGUGACAUAAGACAUUAGUUCAGCUUUGGAUUAAACAAUUUUGGUUAAAAAUUCACAACUCGUUCAUGACAACUCAUUGAAACUGAAGUAUAGAUAUUGAAAACGAAAACUAAGAUAGGAGGAAAGGUUAAUGGUGUGUUUGACUUGAUAUACCGGUAUGUAGCUUUUCAUGAGAAUAAUGAAGCUGUGAUAGACAACAUUUUCUCUGAGGCACCAAUGCACAAAUGAAUACUACUGUAUACAAUACAGUAUAUGAAGUUUUCAAUGCAAUACUUUUAGAUAAAAGGUAUUAGUGGUUAUUUGUGAUAAAUUAUGAAAUGAACAAUUACAAAAUAUUCAGUGUCAUGAAGAUAGGUUCACAGUACAGUACGUACAGUAUUAAUUUUCAUAGAAAUACAGUGUGAAGACAAAUGUUUAAUAUUGUAUUUUUAUUCGUCUUUAAGUUAAUAAUCUUAAGGUUGAAAGUAAUUGCCAUGUAUUUACAGAUUAAAAUUGAUCUUUGACAUGUGCUUGAUUAAAAUUUGUUACAUAGCAUAUUUGACCAUGAUUGUUGCUGUAUGAUAGCAAGUGAGUGGAUGAAAUUCUCUGGAGGCCUAAUAUUGUAAUUGGUGCAUCAGUUAAAAUCAGAAAAUUUAAUUUUGGCCCUUUGAUACCUGUAGAAUGCAUCAAAAAAGAUCUUCCCCAGUGGGAAAGGGACAUAGCCACACCCACUGGCUACUUUUCCCCUAUCCUGAUACUUCAACAAAUAGCUUAUUAUUGAAAUGCCUUCUUAAGUGAUGUGUUCUUUUACUGUGGUAUGGACUGAGCAAAUAUUGUUAUCCUUAUCUGUUAGUCCUUAUUGUCAGAAAGGGAACUACCCCUCGCAUUAGUUGAAACAGUAAAUUGAGCAAAUUUAGCAUUGUAUUUCUUUUAAUAAAGAGUAUAUAUAUAUAUAUAUAUAUAUAUAUAUA